GGGCAGGGAUGCUGCUCGCCCCGCCGCCCUGAGGGGCACCAUGGGCACCCGGCGGGGCACGGCGGGGCUGCCGGGGCGCUGCGCUGCCAUCGCCCUGCUGGCGCUGCUCUGCGACGCCCUGGGGCUCCUCUUCCUCCUCCUGGGCGUCUUGGCUCCCCUCAGCUCCUGGGACUUCUUCGUUUAUGGGGGAGCCCUGCUGCUGGCCUUCAGCCUCGUCUUCUGGGUCUUCUGGUACACCUUCAACAUCGAGGUGCCCCUCGGGGAGCUGCAGUGCAGCUGACCCUGAGCCACGGCGGGAGCUUGGUGCUGUGCUCCUGGCAGGACCCAAAACAUCACUCAGCAGGUGAAGAACACCCCCAGCCACGGCAGGAGCUUGGUGCUGUGCUCCUGGCAGGACCCAAAGCAUCGUUCAGAGGGUGGAGAGCACCCAGAGCCAUGGCAGGAGCUUGGUGCUGCGCUCCUGGAAGGACCCAAAGCAUCGUUCAGAGGGUGGAGAGCACCCAGAGCCAUGGCAGGAGCUUGGUGCUGUGCUCCUGGCAGGACCCAAAGCAUCGCUGAGAACGUG